UUUUAUAUUACUGAAGCCCAUCGUUUCUCUACAGUCGCUCAGCUUAUUGGUCAUCAUUCUCAGUCCGCUGAUGGCCUCGUUUGUCCUUUGCUUUAUCCAGCUGCCAAGCGAGAUUUGACUACUGUUUCCUGUGUGUUCAAUGCUCGUUCUAAUAGACCAAAUGAAAACUUUCUCACUGGCGAUACGGGCAUGGGUAUGCUCGAAUCAGUCAAUGGAAUCGGGUUUGGCAAUGGAGAUACUAGCAUUGGAAAUGGAAUUAUUCCAGGCGAGGAAAUUCCUGGGGGUUUCAGCCUCGAAAAUUGGGAGAUUGAUCGUGCUGAGAUCAUUAUGCGGCACAAAUUAGGUGAUUAA